AUGUCACUCUCGAAGCCCACCAACGGAAACACCAAGAUUCGUCCUAAAUUUUCAGCACCAUGGUUUUAUUACCAUCUUACCACCAUCCAGUCAGGAACGGCGGUCGUUUUUACGACUUUUUUAGCUACCCAUUUGAGCGCAACCGCUUUGGCUACCGUCGGUGGCAUCGAACUCACAAAUAAAACAAUCGUCCUUGGCAGAGUGUACUAUCAAAACAGGUUCUUGGAACCCGUCAUCGUGUUUGGGUCUCUCUGGGGACACGUGCUUGCGGGGAUAGCCAAAGGUAUAAUCAGGUUAUACUGGAAACGCAAGGUGCGGGAUCAGCGAAAGCUUACUGGGGAUGUUCACGAGAAGGUUGAAAAGAUCAUCACCGACGAAACUGACGACAAGGGAGUGGUCGUUCGCCAAAAAAUUACAACAAGAAUCACCACGACCACCACUGACUCUCACAUAUCACGGGCAAUAGGAUUAAUACUUCCCUAUCAUCGUGAGACAGGGUAUCUUUUGAUCCCGCUCGUGUUAGGUCACGCGUUCGUCGCUCGUGGGCUCCCAAGGCGUUACUUUGGCGACUCUUCAUUGAUCGAUGCCACAUACAUCACACUUGCUCUUAAAAGAUGGCCUCGUUCGACAUAUCUCGCAUUGACGGUUCUGGUGACAUUGGGGGUGUUUCAUGCUGUUAGCGGUGCACCCGCCGUAUUCAAAAUUUUGAAGAGCGUAUUGUCCAAGAAAGGUGUGGAAAAACAACCAGGUCUCUCGGAAGCCGCGAAAAGGAGGCAGCGUAUCAUCAGAAACGGAGUAAUCGUUUCAACGGUUGGAUUGCUAACAGCUGGAAUUCUUGUCAUUGGUGGAAAGAUUGGGAGAAAUGAUAUUCGAAUUCCUCUGCGCACAGAGUAUUUAAGGGUCUAUGGUCAGAUUUAUCCUAAGAAUUGGGUGAAUUAG